AUGGGAUAUGGUGGUGGCCUUUUGCAUUCUCAUGUUCAAACUUAUCCUAGUGGAUCGAAACAACAACAAGUAACAUGUUACCAUCAUAGAGAUACAAAUAAUGAUUGGAUUAUUAAAAAAGUAAGAGAAGCACAAGUGGAGAACGAUACAGAGAUUGAAUUUGUAAAACACAAUGAUGUUGUCCGUUUGUUUCAUGCACAAACUAGCCGAAAUCUUCAUAGUCAUCAAGUAGGCGCACCUGUCACAAAAUCUCAAUAUGAAGUUAGUUGUUAUGGCAACGACGAAGUUGGUGAUAGAAAUGAUUACUGGGUUGUUGAAGUGGUCGACGAUCUUUUUGAAAAAACAGAUCAUAUUCGCUCGUUGACAACUCGUUUAAGAUUUCGUCAUCAAGUCUUGGGAUGUUAUUUAAGAGCUGCUAAUGCCAUUUUGCCUCAAUGGGGAUUUAAACAAGUUGAAGUAACAUGCGAUAAAAAGAACAGUCCAUCUGAUUCUCACACGCACUGGAAUGUUGAGCAUCAUUGGAAUGAUAAAUUGCCUGCUGGUGGCAGUUCACAUUACAGAACAAUGUUCUUACAUGAUUUUUGGCAUUUAAAUGUUGCUAUGUAUACUUCUAAUAAUGCGCUCGUUCCUGAUCCUGAUAAAGAAGAUAUCCUUGCCUCUCAUCCACUACAAUGGCCUAUCCUACAAGUAGGUAUUCGAAUUUGUGGUUGGGAUGAUUAUGCGGUUAAGUACUAUUUACUUGGAAACCCUGCAGUGUGGUGGUCGGGUACUGCUUCAUUGAUUAUUUCAAUUUUGUUGUUUGCUUGGUAUUUGGUUCGACGACAACGACAUUAUCAAGAUUUCACACAAGCACAAUGGUUUCACACCUUAUACGUGGGCAAAUUAUGUUUUAUCGGAUGGGAUAUUGCAUUUGGAUUCGAUUAUCCUUCUAGUGAGCUUAAAGGAAGGCAAUGGCUUAGCACAUGGAAUAUUGUUGAUUAA